AUGGGAUUUUAUGAUAAUGAAUGUUUGAAUGUUGUUAUCAAAUUGGGUGGACCUAAUGCUGAUCCAAUAGCAGUAAUUAAAAGUGGUGAAGCUCAAUUGGGAGUUUUCCUAUAUUCGAGAGUUUUGGUCAAUAGAGAGCUGGGCUUAGAUUUUGUAAAUAUUUUCCAACAUUAUUCGAGAGGUGGAUUGACAAUGGUUUCGAGGACAGAAUCAGGGAUUUCCUCUUUUCCACAGUUUAAGGGGAAGAAUAUUGGUUAUUGGGUUGGUAAUGAUUACUCCUUAUUAGCAACCAUUAAGAAACAUGGAAUGGAUCCAAAAACAGAAAUGAGCUUGAGAUUGCAAUCUUUCUCAAUUUUACCAUUGUUGGAACAACCUGAAAGAUAUGAUGUUAUUAUGGCAAUGGGAUAUGAUCAAUUGGGAAAUCUUUUGAUGACUGCAAAGAAAGAUUCAAAUGGAAAAUCAACUGAAGAAUUGUAUUCGAUUGGAAGAGAUUUAAAUAUCUUGGAUUUCAAUGCAGAACAGACUGCCAUGUUGGAAGAUUGUAUUGUGAUGAACAAGGCAUGGUAUGACACUAAUCCAAUCAAAAAUAAGGACAUUCUAGUUCGUUUCUUGAAAGCCACUAUUAAGGGAUUGAUUACAUGUAGAGAUUAUGAAACAAAAUGUUUCAAUUUAAUGCCAGAUAAGAGUGCACAUCAAGUUUGGUCAGUGAGAGAAGUCAACAAAUUAAUUUGGCCUGCCAAUUUAAAUGGAAUUGGUUCAUUGAAUGUUUCUCGUAUCAAUCAAACAAUUGAUAUUGCUUACAAAUUUGGAGUUAUUAAAUCGUUAGCUCCAGCCAAUGGAUCCUACGAUUCUCAAUUUGUGGACGAAGCUCUUAAGCACUUCAAAACAGGACUAGCCGAUGGAACAGUCUUGAAUACCUAUUCUGAUUUAGUAGCACCAAAUUAUGGUCCAACCUCACACGAAUUUUGCUAUGAUCUAACAACUGAAACAGUUUUUAUUUGUAAUGGAAAAGUUAACUAUUCAAAUGUUAUCAUCGCUGUCAUUGUUUCAGUUUUAGGAUGUGCCCUACUGGUUGCUGCAAUUAUUGGUGCCUGUGCAUUCAUUGUUUGGAGAAGGCACGUGGCAAGAAGGAACAGAAUUCUCGUCUAUGCACCAACAGAAAAGGAUGAAUCAUUCCCAAUUGUUUUCACUGAUAUUCAACAAUCAACAAAAUUAUGGAAUGCAGCUCCUGAUGAUAUGAAAAUUGCUCUCGAGCUUCACAAUCAACUACUAAGAAAAUUGCUUGCAGAGUACGAGGGAUAUGAAUGUAAAUCACAAGGAGAUGGAUUGAUGGUCGCAUUCAGAGAUCCAAUCAAUGCUUUGAAAUGGAUGUUGAGAAGUCAGGUGGAAUUGAUGAAAUUAGAUUGGCCAGAACAUUUAAUGGAUCAAGAACAUGCAAAAUUCGAAGUUGACAAUGUUGGUAAAAUGAUAUUCAGAGGAUUGAGAGUGAGAAUGGGAGGUGGAAUGUGUAAACCAGAUGUCAAAAAAGAUUCCAUGGAUAAAGUUGACUAUUUCGGCAAUGAUGUGAAUCAAGCUGCAAGAGUUGGAAGUAUUGCAGUGGGUGGCCAAAUUGUCAUUCACGAGAAUUUAUAUCACGAAAUCAUGACAAGACUUUCUGAGCUAAUAUUCAGAGGUGAAACCAAGUCACCUGUCGUUAACUUCCUUGGGCCAUACUGUCUUAAAGGAAUUGAAGGUGUGCAUGUCUUGUAUGAUAUUCUACCAGCUAGCAUUCAAAACAGAAAGACAUUAUUCCCAACUGAAUGUGAUGAAGCUAAGGGAACAUUGUGGAAACCAAGUGACUCGGAUGGAAAUACUCCACAACAAUUAGUCGAUCAAUUAGAAAGCAAACGAUUUGAAAAAUAA